AUGUAUCAGUUAAAAUAUUUGUAUUUAUUUGUUGCAAUUUUGUGCAUUCGUAUGAAUCUUGCACUUGAUUUAUCAGCAAAAAAGCUCAAUUUGAAAUUUUUCAAACGUGAAAAUAUGGGAAUUUACGAACAAAAAUGCUUUGAAGUAACUAAAAACGGCAAUGCCUUUGAAAAUUCUAUGAACGCAUCCACAAUUUCGGAGAGAUGCGUUAAGAGUUUAAUAAACUUAAACAUGAUAGAUGAAUUUAAUGAGGCAAAGACAUUAAAUCGGUUAUCUGAAAGUAUGGCAGAAUUUGCUUGUCAAAAUUUGAAUCAAACUACAAUUUCAAUGACUAUUGAAUGUGCUUCACAAAAACAGAAUCAACUGGAGACUUGCGUAGAACAAAAUUAUGGGAAAAUCUUGUCUAAAUUCCCUGAGACAUUUGAAGAUAUUAAUUUAAUUGUAUCUCAACUAAAUUGCACAGAUUUCAAGAACUUUAAAGAAUGUGUUGUUGGUGAAUUGAAGACUUGUGAUCAAAAAAUUCCAGCAAAUCUGAUUGCAACAUUACUUGAAGAUAUUAAGAAUGAGACACCAUGUGGGAUAAAAAAUCCAAAAUCAUCAUCUUCAUCAUUUUCGUUGUCUCUUCAUUUCCAUGUUUAUCGGAUUUUAUUAAAUUAG